AUGGCAGGUGAUUCGGCCGUCUCUUCUGCUGCACCAAGAUUGGAAGGUAAGGUGGCACUGAUCACUGGUGGGGCUCAAGGUAUUGGAGAGUGCAUUGCUAGAGUGUUCACUAAACAUGGGGCCAAAGUCAUUAUUGCAGAUAUCCAAGAUGACUUGGCUCAAUCAGUAUGCCAAGACUUAGGCCCCGAACUGGCUACGUUUGUCCACUGUGAUGUUGCUAACGAAUCAGACAUUGAAAAUGCCAUAAACACCACCAUUGCCAAGCAUGGAAAACUCGACAUAAUGAUCAACAAUGCCGCUGUUGCAGAUGAAGCAAAAACCAGCAUCCUUGACAACAAGAAGUCUGAGUUUGAGCGUGUCAUUAGCGUCAACCUAACCGGAGUCUUCUUAGGCACCAAACACGCAGCUCGCGUGAUGAUCCCUGCACAAAAGGGUAGCAUAAUCACGAUAGGAAGUGUUUGUUCGAGUGUUGGUGGUGUUGCUUCUCAUGCAUACACGAGUUCAAAGCACGCCACGGUGGGACUGACCAGGAAUGUUGCUGCAGAGCUUGGGAAAUUCGGUAUUCGCGUGAAUUGCAUCUCCCCUUACUUCAUUGUGACACCAUUGUGGAUGGAUUUCUUCAAGAUGGAUAAAGAAGCAGCCUCUGGCCUUUAUACUAACCUUAAGGGGGUAAGUCUCGAGCUAGAAGAUGUGGCUGAAGCUGCUAUUUAUUUGGCAAGUGAUGAGUCCAAGUAUGUGAGUGGACAUAAUCUGGCUUUAGAUGGAGGCUUUACUGCAAUAAAUCCAGCUUUUGGCUUGUUUGCAAGACCUGUUUAA